AUGGCUGGGAGAAAAAGAACCGUGAGAGAGGAAGAGCAAAGAGAAUGGUUUUGCUGCACUUUGAGGAAGGAAAAAAAGAGUUUUUGCUGCAAUUUUGAGAGGAAGAAGAAAGCUAAAAAUUUUGAGCUGGAAAUUUUGGAGGUUUUGCUGCCAUUAAAGGGUAGCAAAGUGCUACCAAUUUGUGUAGAAAAAUUAAAGCUAUUUGUUGCCAAUUUGUGCAGAAAAAUUGGAGCUGUUUGCUGCAGAAAAAUUGGAGCUGUUUGUGCAGAAAAAUUGGAGCUAUUUGCUGCCAAUUUGUGCAGAAAAAUUGGACAACAUUGUGCUGCCAAUUUGAGGGAGAAAAAGCAACUUGGUGUUGCCAAAUUUUUGAGGAAAAGAGAGCUGAAAGUGCUGCCACCGAAGGAGGAAGAAAACGACCCAAGGAAGAGAGGAAGCCACGGUGGUGAAGAGAGGAAGACAUGGUGGUUAAGGGAGUGACGGUGAAAGAGAGAAAAAAGAAAGAAAAAGAAAAGAAAAGAAAAGAAGUAGAAAAUAAAAAUGGG